GAAUUGGCCGUCUGCAAGGACGUUUCCCAGGAGAUGCCCGGUUGUUUUGAUGUUUUUACCAUCCUUGUAGGAGGCUUCUCUCAUGUCACCGCAUGGAGCUGGAGCUGAUAGAGGGAGCUCAUCCGCACUCUCCCCAGAGGAACUGUGAUUGUUGGCUGGGAAUUUUGGAGUAGAGCCUGUUGAGGGAUUUCUUUCCCUUGAAUGAAGAGGAAGGAAAAGCAUCUUGGAUACGGUUUGGUUCUCCAUCAGAGUGGUUCCAACAUGGAAAGACCCAACUCACCUGGACUUGAAGCAGGCAGGACUCCUGAGAGCAGUGGGGAAUAUUGGAAAAGAACUACGCAGACGUUCCUGAAUGGCCACAUACAGCGCCAGCGGUUCAGGCAGUUCUCCUACCAAGAGGGUGAGGGGCCAAGAGAGGUUUGCAGCCGCCUCCACGAUCUCUGCCGCCAGUGGCUGAAGCCCGAGCAACACACCAAGGCUGAGAUGCUGGACCUGGUGAUACUGGAGCAGUUCCUGAGCCUCCUGCCCCCAGAGAUGGGGAGCUGGGUCCGAGAGUGUGGGGCAGAGACCUCUUCCCAGGCGGUGGCCCUGGCGGAAGGCUUCCUCCUGAGUCAGGCAGAGGACAAGAGGCAAGAAGAACAGACCCAAAAUAACUGCAUGGAAGUCCAGUCUAAUGUCCCUGCAUCAGAGAAAUCCCCAUCAAACACCAACCAGAGUCUCAGGCAGAAGAAGCUCAAGCAGGAAGGAAAUGGGGCUGCAGCCUUGGGGGGGGCUGGAAUGAUGUUGUUGUCGAAUCCUCAGUUAUUCCUUCCCCUUUCGGAUGGAGUGAAACUGAAUCAGGACCCAAUCAUCUCCUUUGAGGACGUGGCUGUCCAUUUCUCCCUGGAGGAGUGGGCUCUCCUGGAUCCUGAUCAGAAAGUCUUGCACAUGCAGAUCAUGGAGGAGAUUCAUGGGAUUGUGGACUCGCUUGCAGAUAACUGGAAGAAGAGCAAUGUAUGCACCAAACACAAGAAGCAUUUGGGACACAAUGGAGGCCUUCCUAGACAACAGGAAACCCACAGUGAAGAUGAAGAUUCUGACAGAGAAAGGCCCUACAAAUGCAAUGUAGGAGGACAAUGUUUUACCCAAAAUAUGGAACUUGUGCUUCACAAGACACUCCAUGCUGGGAAAAUCCAUUGUACAUGGAAUGAAUCAGAAAAAAGUGUUGCUGAUUGCCAAUUGCCACAUCUGAGCCAAGGAGAAAUCUUUGAAGGACCUGAGGAUUUCAAAAACUGGGAGUUUGGAAAUUUUUUUAUACAGAGUUCACACUUGGUGAAACAUGAGAGAUUUCUCACAGAACAGGAACCAUACCAAUGCCAGGAACGUGGGAAAUGGUUUGCUGACGGUUCAGCCUUGGUGAGGCACAAAAGACUCCAAACAGGAGAGAAGCCAUACCAAUGCCAGGAGUGUGGGAAAUGUUUUACUUGCAGUUCAAACUUGGUGAGGCACAAAAGAAUCCACACAGGAGAGAAUCCAUAUCAGUGCCCGGAGUGUGAGAAAUGUUUUGCUUGCAGUUCAAACUUGGUGACGCACAUGAGACUCCACACAGGAGAGAAGCCAUACCAAUGCCACGAGUGUGGGCAAUGUUUUACUUUCAGUUCACAAUUGGUGAGCCACAAAAGACGCCACACAGGAGAGAAGCCAUACCAAUGCCAGGAGUGUGGGAAAUGUUUUGCUUGCAGUUCAAACUUGGUGACACACAAGAGACUCCACACAGGAGAGAAUCCAUACCAAUGCCAGGAGUGUGGGAAAUGUUUUACUUGCAGUUCAAACUUGGUGAGGCACAAAAUAAUCCACACAGGAGAGAAUCCAUACCAGUGUCAGGUGUGUGGGAAAUAUUUUGCUUCGAGUUCAAACUUGGCGACGCACAAGAGACUUCACACAGGAGAGAAUCCAUACCAAUGCCAGGAGUGUGGGAAAUGUUUUGCUUUCAGGUCACAAUUAGUGAGCCACAAAAGGCACCACACAGGCGAGAAGCCAUACCAAUGCCUGGAGUGUGGGAAAUGUUUUUUUGACAGUUCUGCCCUGGUGAGCCACAAAAGAGUCCACACAGGAGAGAAGCCAUACCAAUGCCAGGAGUGUGGGAAAUGUUUUACUUGCAGUUCAAACUUGGUGAGGCACAAACGACUUCACACAGGCGAGAAGCCAUACCAAUGCCAGGAGUGUGGGAAAUGUUUUGCUCGUAGUUCACAACUGGUGAGCCACAAAAGACUUCAUACUUGAGAGAAGCCAUUCAUAUGCCAGGAGUGUGGGAAAUGUUUUGUUCAAAGUUCCUCCCUUGUGAGCCACCAGGGAGUUCAUACAGGAAAAAAACCAUACAAAUGCACGGAUUGUGGGAAAUGUUUUGUUCACACUUCAUCUCUUAAGAAGCACCAUAAAAUACACACAGGCUAAAAGACAUACAAAUGCCAGGUGUUUGUUUGGGGUUCAUACCUUUUUGAACUAUCACAGACUACAUACAGGAGAAACAUCAUCCAAAGAGCUAGAUAAUAAGUAAUAAAAUGAGUGGCAACAGGGAAAUUGCAGGUCCUGGAUAUUCUGGUAUUGUAGAUGAUACAUUCAACGUUUCCUGAUGAACCCAUGUGAUUCCUUUGGCUUCCAGUAACACUUGGCUUGACUGUGGAGUGAUUUCUUAGACAAAUCUCUUCUUAGUUUCGAACUCUGUUCAGGUUUUUGCUUCUUCUUUUUUUUACUUGGGACUGUUUUGGAGAACUCUUUUGCUUCUUUGGACACCCAGAUCAUCUGAUUUCAAACAGGACCGUUAGAGAAGUUCUGCCAAAGAUUUGGUAGAUUCUCCUUCCUUGUCAUUUCAGUCUCUAAGUUGAGGUCUUCUUCUCUGGAGCAGCAGAAAGCAAGCUUCCUGUGACAAUCCUUCAGAGGGUUAAAUACGAUUGUCAUGCCAUUUAUUUGAAAAAUAAACCAUAUGUAAUUCC